AUGUUCGUCACCGGUCAUCCCACAACAAUGACUUUUUCACCGCUCAAGCAUCUGAGAAGAUUUUCAUCGCACUCCGACUCGCCACCACCGAAAUCGCCAGUGGACACUUUGAACGAUCCACUUUGUUGUCAACUUCAACUGAUCACUGCUCUGCAAGGUGCUGAGUUCGACGAUACGGCCAGGCAUUCGCUAGCAAUGACCAUAGCAAAAAUGCAGGCCGCUAAAAGGACUGCCCUCAUUCAAUUUAUAACUCAGGUUAGCACUAUUGGACUAGUUCUUUGGAUUUUUUUUCGAAGUGUUAAAGCUUGUUGUAUCUUUUUUUAA